AUGGAGAGAUUAUCAAGUCCUUAAAUAUAGGAGGAGAUAUUGCAAUAGCCAGGUCAGAAUUUAUAAGGGUAAAACUCAGUGUACUUGUCGCAUGAGGAUAUAGACAAUAUUGAAACAGAUGAAGCUCUUAAAAAACUACUUCAAUCUAUAAGUUGUUCAUUUGACCAGAAUAAAUUUUCUAUGCUUUAUAAAGACAAGAAUCUUGAGAAGGAAUUCCUCUGCUCAUAUCACUAGAAAAUAAUAUAGUUCGGACUUAUUUAUACUAUUGAAGUAAUUGCUGUUUUCGCUGAGUAUUUCAUAUUCUAAACUGCAAAAUUAAUCCUUCUCUAAUACAAGUAUCCUGCAUAUAAAUGGGCUGCUUUGACCGUAGCUAUAUUUUACUUGGUGACAAUAUCGAUAUACGUUUUAGCUAGGCGAUUCAUUUCAGACAGCAAUUUUAGGAAAUCCCAUGCAAGCUCAGGUAGAUGGAUUUAUCGUAAUUUCUGCAACAUUGGUAUCGCAGAUCCAUUUAGAUAUGCAAGAUUUAAUAUAUUUUUACUAACUACACUUGGAAUCGUCUACAUUUUUUCAAGAGCAACUCAUUUUAGAGAAAGAGAAAAGUUUGAAUAAGCAAAAAAGCAAAAGUAGUUGCUAAAGCUAUUUCAUAAUUUAAUAAGAGUUUAUCAUGAUGGAAUCUUGAUAACAAAAAAAGAAAACAUUGUUUAUAGCAAUACAGCUUUGAGAUAAAUCUUUAACAUUGAAAAAGAAGCUAUUCAGAAUUUGCAAAGUAUUCCAGAUCUGCAAACCGAAAAUCUAUUAAUCCCUGAUAUAAGCAGCUAGAUAGUAGAGCAAUUAGAUUUGAGAAUCGAAGAGUAAUUUAUUUAAGGCUUUAAGAAGACUAUUCCUAAAUUCUCUUAGAAUUAAAUGAGUAAUACUUUCACUGAUGCUGAGAAUUAAAAUGAAAAAUGGUUUACUGAUAUUUGGGAUUACAUAUAAUAGCAUCAAAAGCAUUUAGAUCCAAUAUUUUUCAACAAAGAGUACCUCAUUAAUCCACUGGAUGGACUAUACUUUAAGUUCAAGUAUUCUGAAAAUCAAGAUGUAAAUUAAGAACUCGUUAAAUUUAAGAUUCUUUAAGUUUUUACUCAAACCAUUAGGCUAGGUUAGCAAAUGUUCGUUAUGACAACUAUUAGAGACUAGUCUAACUGGCUAGAGAUCGAGAAAUAGAAGAAUCUAUCUUAACUCAAGACUGUCGCAUUUGCUCAAGCAGCUCAUGAAUUUAGGAAUCCUUUAAAUGCAAUUAACUCUUCACUUUAGCUACUAGAUAACACUCUAAAUGAUAUUCCAGCUCGUCAAUAUCUAGUUACUGCAAAAAAUAGUUCUAGGCUAAUGCUCUAUCUAAUAAAUGACAUUUUAGAUUUUUCACAAAUAGAGUCACAGAGUCUUGUACUCAAUUAUGAAGAUGUUAAUAUAUGCUAGUUGAUUUAAGAUUGUUUCUCUAUCCUAGAAUUGAAAGCAUAAGUGAAGGAACUAGAAUUAUCAAAAAUUAUUGACCCAAUUUUUCCUAAAAAGAUCAACACAGAUCCUAAUAGACUAUAAUAAAUUCUUAUAAAUCUACUAUCGAACUCGAUAAAAUAUACUAAUGAGGGAUUUGUCAGGAUAUUUGCAAAAGUAGACUAAGCAAAUAACUAGCUUAAUUUAAUUAUUAAGGACUCAGGUGUUGGUAUGGAUAAGCAGCAACUAUCGAAAUUAUUUACUGCUUUCACAAAGAUUAUGUAAAACAGAGAUAUGAAUAAAGAUGGAGUUGGAUUAGGCCUGACUAUAAGCAAAAAUCUUGCCUAGGCUCUAGGUGGUGAUAUUAAUAAAACUCUUAAAAUAGUUCUUAAUCUUUAAGUAUUGAUUUAGAAUUUGAAGAUGAUUAGGAUAGCCUCAAUGUCUAGCCAGUUCUAAGAUAUUGAUUAUAGUGAAUUACCUUAUACUUACACUCCUACUAGAUGCCACUGCUCUAGAAUAUUAUUAGUAGAUGAUGAGCCAUUCAAUUUAAUCACACUUUAAGGAUUACUAGAUCAAUAUAGCAUCGAUAAAGUAGAUAAAUGCUAUAAUGGAAAGCAAGCUGUUGAAAAGAUUAAGGAAAAUUUUGAUAAACAUUGUUUGAGCCAUCAAUCCUAUGAGCUUGUAAUAAUAGAUAAUUAGAUGCCAGUAAUGAAUGGAAUAGAUGCUUGUAAGGAGAUUAGAAUAAUGCAAUAAAAUGAUUUGAUGUCAAAAUUAACAAGAAUUGUGCUUUUGACUGGGGAUGAAUCUAUGCUUACUAAGGAUGAAUACAUAAAUCUUUUUGAUGACGUGAUUUUAAAACCUAUUGAUUCCAAUAUCUUGGGUAUUUUACUUAUGUAGACCAGUUCACAAAAUUGA